AUGGCAGUGGCCAAUAUGGUGUGUUUCUCUGACGUGGAAACUUUCUUGGACUCGCACCCCGAGUUAUUCGAGGACUACCUGAACCGAAAGGGCACUUAUGGCAUGGUGGAAAAGUGGCUGAAGAACCACCAAGCGGCCAAGGCGGGUCCGGCGGCUGCGACCCCGGCCGAGCCGAGGGACGAAAAGGGCGCCGCGCUGAAGGACAGCUGGGCGAGCAAAUGCGAUGGUCUGCAGCGGAGAGCCUCGCAGAAGGAGCUGCGCAAAACUUUUGCCCGCUCCAAAGCCGUCAACGUCAACCGAACCUACGACGAGCAAGUCACCUCGAGGGCCCAGGAGCCGCUGAGCAGCAUGCGGCGGAGAGCCCUUCUGAGGAAGGCGAGCUCGCUGCCCCCGACCACCGCGCACAUAUUGAGCGCCUUGCUCGAGUCCAGAGUCAACAUUCCGCAGUACCCGUCCACGGCCGUGGAUUUCAAAUAUUACCUGAAGGAGAACAACGAGAGGGAGUUCUUCCUGGAGCUCGUCAAAGACAUUUCCAACGACCUGGACCUGACGAGCCUCAGCUACAAAAUCCUGGUGUUCGUGUGCAUCAUGGUGGAUGCGGAUCGGUGCUCCCUGUUUCUAGUGGAGGGCACCGAGAACAAGAAGACGCUCGUGUCCAAGUUCUUCGACGUGCACGCGGGCACCGCGGUGCUGCCCUCCAUGAACUCGGGCGAAGUGCAGGUGCCCUGGGGCAAAGGUAUCAUCGGAUAUGUGGCUGAGCAUGGAGAGACGGUCAACAUUCCGGACGCUUACCAGGAUCGUCGUUUCAGUGAUGAAAUUGACAAGCUAACAGGCUACAAGACCAAGUCGCUCUUGUGUAUGCCCAUUCGCAACAGCGAUGGAGAGAUUAUCGGUGUGGCUCAGGCCAUCAACAAGACUUCAAGUGUGGAGCUCUUCACUGAAGAUGAUGAAAAGGUACUGCAGAUGUACCUGCCCUUCUGUGGCAUUGCCAUCUCCAACGCUCAACUCUUUGCUGCCUCAAGGAAAGAAUAUGACAGAAGUCGGGCUCUUCUCGAGGUCGUCAACGACCUGUUUGAAGAACAGACCGACCUGGAGAAAAUUGUCAGGAAGAUCAUGCAUCGGGCUCAGACAUUGUUAAAGUGCGAGCGCUGUUCUGUUCAAUUGCUGGAGGACAUCGAGUCACCGGUAGUGAAGUUCACUAAGUCUUUUGAAUUAUUGUCACCUAAGUGCAGUGCUGAUGCUGAAACAAGUUUCAAGGACAGUAUGGAAAAGUCUUCUUACUCUGAUUGGCUCAUCAACAACAGCAUUGCAGAGCUGGUUGCAUCCACAGGACUUCCUGUGAACAUCAGCGACGCUUACCAGGAUCCUCGCUUUGAUGCUGAGGCGGAUCAGUUUUCAGACUUCCACAUUCGCUCUGUGCUUUGUGUUCCUAUAUGGAACAGCGAUCACCAAAUCAUUGGUGUUGCGCAAGUGUUGAAUCGCCUUGAUGGGAAACCGUUUGAUGACGCAGACCAACGUCUCUUUGAGGCAUUUGUGAUCUUUUGUGGCCUGGGCAUCAACAACACGAUUAUGUACGACCAGGUGAAGAAGUCCUGGGCCAAGCAAUCAGUGGCUCUCGAUGUGCUCUCCUACCACGCCACUUGCUCCAAGACUGAAGUUGACAAAUUCAAGGCCGUCAACAUCCCCCUGGUGUGCGAGCUGGGAAUUGACAAGCUCUCCUUUGACGAUUUCUCCCUGGACGUUGACGCCAUGAUAACGGCUGCGCUGAGAAUGUUCAUGGAGCUGGGAAUGGUUCCCAAAUUUAAGAUCGACUAUGAGACGCUGUGCAGAUGGCUGCUGACUGUCAGGAAAAACUACCGCAUGGUUCUGUACCACAACUGGAGACACGCCUUCAACGUGUGCCAGUGCAUGUUUGCCAUGCUCACGACGGCCGGCUUCCAGGAGACACUGACAGAAGUAGAGAUCUUAGCACUUAUCGUGGGUUGCGUGUGUCACGACUUGGACCACCGGGGCACCAACAACGCUUUCCAGGCCAAAACAGGCUCGGCUCUGGCUCUGCUUUACGGGACCUCAGCUACGCUUGAGCAUCACCACUUCAACCACGCCGUCAUGAUCCUGCAAAGCGAGGGUCACAACAUCUUCUCCAACCUCUCAUCCACUGAGUACAGCAACCUUAUGCAACUACUCAAACAGUCUAUUCUGGCUACAGACCUCACGCUUUAUUUUGAAAACAGAAACACUUUUUUUGAACUGGUCAACAAAGGGGAGUAUAACUGGAACGUGAAGGCUCACAGAGACAUGUGCAGAUCCAUGAUGAUGACAGCGUGCGAUCUCGGCGCUGUCACCAAGCCUUGGGAAAUAUCCCGCAAGGUGGCCGAGUUAGUAACCAGCGAGUUUUUUGAGCAAGGCGACAGGGAGCGAUCAGAGCUGAAGCUCACACCUUCGGCAAUUUUUGACCGCAAUAGAAAAGACGAACUGCCUGGUCUUCAGUUGGAGUGGAUUGACGGAAUUUGCGCCCCGCUCUAUGAGACUCUGGUCAAGUUGAAUCCUAAACUCAAGCCCAUGCUGGACACGAUCCAGGUCAACAGGUCCAAAUGGGAGGAGCUGAACGAAAAGCGUCAACACGAGCGCGGCAGUUCUGACCCGGCGCACCCUUCCGAGCCCGUCGGCUCCCCCUGCCGGAGCAAAUGCGUGGACCGCCCGGCCUCCCAACCGGUUGGUUAG